AGUGAAGAGGAAGAGUAGGACGACUCGUAAUACAUUCACUCUCGACCCCAAUAUACUUAUGUAUAAUACUUAUGUAUAAGUAGGCUUAAUGCUACUAUAGUGAGGUCCACGUUAUAAUGGUAUUAGAGAAAGAUAGGAGGACAGCGUUGCCUUGCCACUGUCUUCUGAGAACUUAUACUGGUAUACGUGAUAAUAUUAACUGUUCAUAAUUGUUUAAAAUAGUUAAUUAUAUCUUAAUUGCCAAGAAAAAAUAAUUUUGUAUUUAAAAUAAAUUUCUAUAAUAUUGAAAUUGUAUAUAUAUAUAUUUUUAAUAAUAUUGUUGAAAAACGAUCUCACUACGUUGCGGAGCUAGAAAUGGAAAACGCUAUCUGUUUCAUUAAAUGAUACCGUAGACAAGGAUUUCAACAAUGCGGAUAUCAAAUACUGCCAUUAUAACUUGUAACUUACUAUAGUUUUAAGUGAUUCUCACUACAGUAGAAAUGGGAAAUACCAAGGUACCUAGAAUAUUCUAGGUACAUUGGGAAAUACAAUUACAACCACUAUUCCGUUGUCAUAGCAAUAAUUCAAAACAAUAACGAUCAAACUAAAUAUUUCCAGAAUACAGUCGCUCUAUUUUUCAAGCUGAUCUGUCCAAUUUCUUAGUGAAAAUUUUCAGUUCAAGAAGUAUUUUUGAAGUGGAAAUUUGUAGUUUGAUUGAGAUAUGGCGUGUACAUUUCCCCCAGCCCCCAGAGUUGAUGCCCCCACUGAUAACACAAAAACGUCGGAUCUUUACAAAACCACUAAUCUGCCUGGCCGAUUUGAAUAUCCACAGUUUUUUAGCAACUAUGGCGUGCAUAGACGUCCACCGCCGCACCCCUUCUACGUGACAACUGCGUCCGAGGUGGGCUACUACCCCCCCUCCCUGCACACGGUACCCCUCCGCUUCUACCCGCGCUCACAGCGCUUCAGCAGUCAUCUGGCCAAAUGCGGCAUGUACCGCAACUAUUCGCUCAACCUCUAGAUCAAGUUGAAUCAACUCAAUCUUUAGUCGAAAAAAAUCCGGUCUGAAUAACAAUAAUAUUGAAAACGAAAUAGUGAGCCCAAAUAUAGUCGACCGAAAAGGAAAAACUAACAAUAAUCAAAGAGGACCAUCUGGGAUUAACAGGAAAAUCGAAAACCAUCUAGAAAUUUAAGACAAAUGGAGAAAUUGUGGAAAAUAAAUGGGAAUGAAUGUCGUACUUGAUUGGUAAGUGAAAGAUAGUUGAGAGACUUUUGCAUAACUUUCAAACAUUUAAGAGAAGAAAGUGAACUUAUAUUGUGAAAAGUUAACAGAAAAGCAAAGGCAAAUAUUCUUCAAAGAAUGAAAGAAAAUAGUAAUAUAGUUGAGAAAAUGCAACAGAAUAGAUAAAAGUUUUAUCCAAAAUUAACUGAAUUUGACUCAAAUUAAUAAUUUAGAUAGAAAUAAAAUAAAUUUAUUUAGAUGGAAUAAAGAUAAUCUUUUAUGUCUGAUCUGCUGAAUCAAAUGCAAUAAGAUAGACGAAACAAUUGUCAAAAAUCAAUAGAACAUUGUGGAUGCUGAUUAAAAACAGAAGUUGGAAUAGAAGUUAGUUGACAUUUUGAAGAAUUUGAUUAUAAUCUAAUAAUAAUAAAGGUAGGAAAAAAAUCGACUUUUCAUAAUCAUGAACCAUCCUAGGUAAAAGUAAUAGUUCCACAGAAAAUUAUAAAUUUUUUUUUGAGUUUUUAGAACUCUUAAUUGAAUCUCAAAUUACAAUGUAACUGGUCUAUUUCAAUUACUUGAAGGCAAAUUUUAGCUUUUGUACAUUGUAUGAAUUCAAUAAAUUAUUCAGUCUUUCAAUAUUGUAUUAUUCAUUUAUUCACAAAUUACUAUAAAAAUCAGUACGGAGAAGGCACGAAUAUCUUAAGAUUAAUAAUUUUUAUACAAUAGUAAUAAUAUUCAUUACCAUACAAUUGCAUCAAUGAGUCUGUCUUACUACUAUUGUACUAUUUUAUCAUGGUAAGUAGUUUUCUUCCUUAAAUAAUAAAAUUAUUUUGCAUUGUCAUUGCCAAUAACACAAGAUUUAGAAUUUCUUUCAAGGUAGCCUAUUUCAUUAGACAAAUUCCAUGGAUGAAGUCAAUAACAGGAUUCAUUUUUUUAAUUUAUAAAUUUGACAAAAAAUUCAACUCAACAAUAACACUUCUUACUAUAUAAUUAUUGCUAUAACGACGGCAUUUCUGCCUUUGCCAUUUUAGGGAAUUAAUAAACGGUCGCAAAAAUGAUCUUUGCCAAGAAAGCUGCCUAACAACCAGCUUCUAGAACUGAUCUGAUUGGUUCCUGUUAUUGGUUGCUAGUGAACCAUAACAUGCUCAACUAAAAGAUUUAUUGAGAAUUGUUUAUAAAACCGCCUACUACUUUGGUAUUCCUCUAAUAAUAUUACAAAAAAUCACAACGUGUUUGUGCUUAUAAUAAAUUAAAUCCAUGAAUGAAGAUACUUCAAAAUCAUUUGUUGUAUACACAAUAGAUAACCAAAAUAAUACCCAAUACAAAAAAAAGUUUCAAGUAUUAAAACAGUAUUUCAAGAGUUAAUAGAAUAGUAAAUAAGACAUUGAUAAUUUUUAUUGAUCUUUUUUUAUUUCAAUUUUUCAUAUUAUUAUUGAAUUGAAUAGCUGGGUGUCAUAAUUUAUGAUAUUAUUGAUUUUAAUGAUUAUUGUACAAGACAGGAAAACCCGAUAACAUAUUUCAAAUAAAUAAUUAGUUAAUAGGUUUUCUAUGAUACAGUAUUAUCUUUCCAAAAAUGCUUGCAUGAAAACUUGAGUAUCGUUUUUAUGUAUUCACUACAUAUUCAGUUUGAACAGUUUUAAAAAAGUAGUUCGAUAAAAGUUGAGUAAUUAAUUGAUUCAAACUUAUUCAGAAACCAAAACGUUUCGUAAUCAAAUUAUUAUUAUUAUUGUAGUUUCUUUAUAUAUUAUUUUAACAGAUCAUUGACAUUUUAUGCAAAAAAAAU